UCCUAGAGUCAGGUUAACAAUGAAAAGGGUGCAAACAAGGUCAUGGCGUUUAUCUGAUCCUCUGUUGUAUCUCAGGUUUGUACUAUUAGCUGUGAAUCAGGGUUGGGCUCAAUUCAGAUUUUUGGUGUAGAAUUUGAUUAAUUGACAAGAUUGUCAAAUGACCACUUGUCAACAAUGGAAAUAGAUGUCCUCAAACAUGGAAGGCGGGUGGGAGGAGGUGACAUCAGGUGGGAACAUUCUAUCCAGUGAGAGGGCAGAUAUGUGUGAACAAUAGGCAAUAGAGACAGAUAGAGGACUCAUAUUAUUUAAGAGGACUCUUUUAUUUAACCUUUAUUUAACAAGGCAAGACAGUUAAGAACAAAUUCUUAUUAACAAUGACGGCUUAUCCCGGCCAAACCCGGACGACGCUGAGCCAAUUGUGCACCACCCUAUGGGACUCCCAACCACAGCCAGAUGUGAUACCGCCUGGAAUCAAACCAGGGCCUGUAGUAACUCCUCUUGCACUGAGAUGCAGUGCCUUAGACUGCUGCGCCACUCGGGAGCAUCUUUGUAUCUGUGCCAUUAUAGCAUCUGUAACCGCAUGGGCAGCACCAUUAAUGCUGUCUCUAUUUUAAAGUAGUCUGUUUCCUUCUUCUUCAUUGGCUGAUUGCUUCCAUCUCAUAGGAAUCCUCACCCAGUUGACUACAUUAAAGUGGUUGAAGCCCUCAAUGACAAUGUCCAUGCUAAAACAGGUUAUAUCAAUGAUGAGUCCUCUAUCUAUCUCUAUGACAACAGGCACAACUCAGGUAAAGUCAUUUUUUUCAAAGUUGCCAAAAUGCCACGUGUUCACUUAUGUGCAUUCAUAACAACCUAACCAUUACAACAUUUCUGUUCAAUCAAAUAAGUCUCACGUAGCAAAUGAGCAAUUACAUUUUUGUUGACCAAAUUCGACACCCUCAUUGACCUCAAUACAAAAUAUUCUCACAUCGUGGGCUUAUUUUUGUGGACAGAAUAUAGAAUAGAAGAGGCAUUUUUAUUUCACUGAGUUCAAUUCUAUUUCCUUUAAUUCAAUUCCAUAUCCUGUUUACUACUUCGAUUGGAAAUCAAUUAAAAUUCAAUAAUUGAAUUGGAAUUUAUCAGACAUUCUCAAAUCAAUUCUGAAUUGAGCCCAACCCUGUUUCCUGUGGAAGAUUGACAGUAUCAUUUAAAACAACUGAUGUUCCCAUUCGGGUCAGCAUUCUCUGAUGUGACCCUCCAACCAUCUUUUGAGGUACCAUAUGAAAGUUGACAUUUCUAUUGUGUUCUCAUUUUAGUACAUUUAACAGACAACAUGACUCCCACCCUGUAUUCAAGAGCAUGCUGAAUUGAGCCCAACCCUGCUGUGAAUCUCUUCCGGGAGGAAAUCACAAGUGUACCCCAGUCCAACCCCACAGAUUGUGACGUCAGCCUGGCUCAGACUGCGAUGGAGGAUUCUGGCCAACAGGGGGUGACCUUGCCACACACCGAGGGAGAACGUACAGCCGUUACUCAGAGGAGCAAGUUAGGAGGAGUCAGAGAGAAGCUCCAAUCAGAGCUGAGAGGGAGAUACACGCCAUUGUGUGAUGGAACCCCAGCAGGACCAGAGGUGCGGAGCCACUCCCUCACACACUCCUACGUUGAACUCCUCAUCACCGAGGGCAACGUCCAAUGGCACGACGACAGGCAUGCUGCCACGCGACCCGUAAGACCACCAUCAGAUAUGCCCACUGCUAAUGAGGAAAUAACGAUCAAGCUUGACGAUAUCUUCAAACCACCGCUAUCUCCGGAUUGCCCUCAAGUAAAAACCGUCCUGACGAAGGGACCCGCAGGCUCAGGGAAGACAGUGAGUGUCCAGAAGUUUGUUUUGAACUGGGCCGAGGACAGAGCCAAUCAGGAUGUCGACUUCUUGUUUGUCUUUCCCUUCAGUGAACUCAAUUGGCUGAUAGGACGGAGCUUCAGUCUGAGUGGCCUCAUCAGCCACUUCCACUCGUCCAUGACAUCGGAGAGCGAUAACCCCGGGCUGGAUCUGAGUCGGUCUAAGGUGGUCUUCAUCUUGGACGGUUUGGACCAAUUUAACCUUCCCCUGGACUUUGAAAGCAUAUCAGUAGAGUCUGACAUCAAUAAGGAAAUGCCUUUGCCCAUCCUCCUAGCGAACCUCAUCUGGUGUCAGUUGCUUCUUCCCUCCACCUACGUCUGGGUGAUCACCAGGCCUGCGGCUGCCAGUUUAAUCCCCAUCGACUUCCUCCCCCAACAACAGUGCUUGACGGAGAUACGGGGCUUCGACGACACCCAGAAGAGGGAGUUCUUUAGAAAGAGGUUUGGCGAUCAGAGUCUUGUGCACAAAGCUAUCGCCCUAGUCAUGAAAGCUAUUGCCCUAGAGUCAUCACGGAACCUCUGCGUCCUGUGCCAAACACCGUGGUGCUGUGAGAUGUUGGCAGCCAUUUUAGAAAACACUGAGGUGGGAGAGUGUGUCGAGAUAGACACUCUGACGCAACUAUACACUCACUUUUUGCUUGUUCGGAUUGGUUUGAAGAACGAUCGAAAUGGUGAACCCUCAGAAUCAAUCAGAGAGGUUGUUCGUAAGCUUGGGAAGCUGGCUUUUCUACAACAGGAAAGAGGAAGCCUCAUAUUCAGUGAGAGCGAUGUGAAGGAAUGCGGAAUCGACGUCUCUAAAAGUUCCACAUUCCACAGGUUGUGUAGGCCACUCUUCACAGGGUGUGAGAUGUACCUGGAGGAAAUGUACCGCUUUGAGUACACAGGCAUUCAAGACUACCUAGCUGCCCUGCACGUGUUUCUCACCUACACAAAUAAAAGGAGAAACCUACUACUCCAACCUACUACACUCUUUGAUCGAUUGAAAGGGACGUUCAGGAGAGCAACCCUUUUAGACCUCCACAGAUGCUCCGUGGACAGGGUUUUACGGAACACGCACGGAACUUAUGACCUCUUCCUCUGCUUCCUCCUUGGCCUCUCAACAACACCCAACCAGACUCUCUUAGAUCUAGCAUGUCUAGGGAAAGGUUUAAAGGUCACAGGCUCCAAGGGGAUCACAGAGAUCACGGCGGAAUACAUUAAGCAGGCGAUCAAGUCUGAGCCUUACCCUCAGACCACACUGGCGCUUUUCCGCAGUUUGCGGGAGCUAGGGGACGCCUCGCUGGGCAGGGAGGUCCGAUGCUACCUGACCUCUGAGUCACGGUGGGGGUUCCUGCUGGAGCCUGACCAAUGCUGGGAGCUAGCGGACAUGCUUUGGGCAGGCAGGGAGAUGGAGAGGGAAGUGUUUAUGGAGAUGGAACGUUUGAGUUGGAUGCGCCAAAUGAGCAUGUGGGGCUUUUGGAGGAUGCAGACUGUACUGGGGGACAGACACUGGCAGGUCUACUAGAAAGACAUCAUUGCUGUAUGAAUGGUCUACUAGGGAGACAUCACCACAGAUUGUACUGCCACUGAUAGAGGAAAAUAUAGUUUAGAUAAUCAAUUAUGUAUACAUUAAUGAUUAGAACCAUUCAUGCUAAUAUUUAUGUUAUGAUUUGAAAAGUAUGGGUUCUUAAUUGUACUGUUACUGAAAAUGUAAGCAGAAAUGAAUUGUGUCUGUGUCUACUGGGAAGGUUAGGGAGGGAUGCUGUGGCUUUUCAGACAGAUAAGAAAUGCCUGGGGAAAUGUUCCAUUCCUAAAACAAUGGGUUCUUGUGAGAAUCAGAGAGAGGGUGUAACUGAUGACGUCAUUUUAUGUCUUCUUUAGAUUUAAAAUGUAAUGUUCUUUGUAUUUUGGGUCAGUACUCAUCAAGAAUAAAUGCUGAACUUGUUUUUAA